AUGAAUGCGAUAGUAAUAUAUCUCAUUAUAAGUACUUGUGGACUAGCCCUUGGUCAGACCCCUCAACAGGUGUCCUCCCUCAUCACCGAUCUUCUCUCUAAUUAUAACAAAAAAGUGCGGCCAGUGGUUGACCAAUCGAUGCCGGUGACUUUGGACAUCAGUUUCAAUCUCAUCAGUAUCAUCGGAGUCGAUGAAGUGAACGAGAAGCUAGAGACUUCCGGUUAUCUAAGUAUAAUGUGGAAUGAUGCCAUGGUGACCUGGGACCCCGUUACCAAUAGUGAUAUCUACAGAAUAUUUCUGCCUCAGGGCGACAUCUGGAAACCAGACUUGGUUCUUGGAAACGGGUUUAAAAAGUUUGAGGAGCUUGGAGGACACUUUUACUACAUCGAUAUUGAUUAUACCGGAAGUAUAUUCUGGCAGCCUUUCCAGGUCUUCGAAACCCACUGUUCCAUGGAUACCACAUACUUUCCAUACGAUAAAGAAGUGUGCGAGAUCGUUUUCGUAGUGUGGAGUUAUUCGGUGAAUGAGGUGGAGAUCCGGAAGUCUGAUGACGGAAUUGACCUCUCUGCUUACGAGGAAAGUGGUGUCUGGGAAAUAAUACAAACAGACGUGAAAGUUAGCAAAAGUUCUAUAGACUCCAAAGUUACGUUCUCUAUCCACAUAAAGAGGAAGCCUCUCUACUACGUGCUAAACGUCAUAGUCCCUAUCUUAUUCCUUGGAAUGCUUACAAUCCUCGUUUUUGUUUUGCCUGUUGACGCGGGAGAAAAGAUGUCGUAUGCUAUGACUGUUUUCCUAUCCUUUGCAGUGUUCCUCACCAUCAUCAACACACAACUACCAGUUAGUUCAGACAGUACUUCUAUUCUGAGUAUUUAUCUUUUACUUCAGAUGUCGAUGGGGGUACUGGUGUUGGUGAUAACAGCCUUACAAAUCCGUCUGCACCACAGAGACGAGACAGUUCCGAUGCCCAGAGUCUUUAAGAUAAUGGUGAAUCUUGAUAAUUGCAUUAGAUGUACUAAAUCAUGCCAAUCAUCAAAAAGUGGGAGUAUUUCUCCUACGAUGAAUACGGAAAAUCAACCUAAGGCUGACCAAGAAGCACUUGAGGAAAAACCGUGGGACAACACCAAAGUCGACUGGAAGGACGUGACGUCUGCAAUAGACUUUCUGGCCUUCUGGAUUUUUCUGAUCUUGUACGUCGCUCUGACGAUAUAUUUAUUCAUAUCUAUUGCAACUUAACAAUGUACAGCAC